AUAUGCAUGGUAAACAAAAAGAUGUGAAAAAAGUUGUAAAAAAGGACAUGAAGGUGAGGAAUAAUAAACGGAAACAGGUGGAAACACCAAACAAAGGUGUUGGUGAGGUGCACAUGGUAAAGAACAGAAGGUUAUCAACAUCUAAAGUUGGUGAUAAAGAUGACAAUGUUGUUGAUGGUUAAACAUAAAAAAUUGGAAUGGGAAACGAGUGAUAAUUUCAACGAUUGCGGUGUGUUCGCUAUGCGACACAUGGAGAUGUACAAAUGGAGCGAUGUCAAGUUUGAAAGCGGUUUUAGUACGCGGAAAGAUAUUCAAGACAUGCAGCUGAAAAACUUGAGGAUGAAGAUAUCAACAAAACUGUUAUUAUCAGAGGCAAACAUGUACAAGGAAACUGUUAUGGAACUUGCAAAAGAGAAAACACGUGGUUUGAGAGAUGAAAAAAUGCGGAAAACGAUAGACAAAGAGGCGAUGAAACAAGAAAAAUGUUGGAAUAUGCUUGAUAAAUGGAAGAAUGAGGAUAAGUUUGAGGGUAUGAGUUAACACAACAGGUUAUUAACUUUAGGAACAUAUAGUAUUUCUGUUUUGUUGGUGAUUUAUGUUAAUGAAACUAGUAC